AUGGAUACCUUAAGAAGAUUCACUUAUGAAAUAAUUUUUUAUGAAACAACACCUUCUUCUAUUCCAUCUGAUAUGAGCCAAAGGCUCGAAAAUAUAUUAUCUCUUAAUCCCGAAGAACCUAACAUUUGUCCUGUAUGCGAAAUUGAAAUUUCUCCACAACUUAGUGUACCGAUUACAAUAUUAGUGUGUAAACAUAUUUUCCACCAUGAUUGCAUCGUAAAUAGAACAUCUACUGAUUGUCCAAUAUGUGAAAUGGUAGCCGAACCAAGUCAGACUUCUUUCGUGGCUGAUAUAUUAGGGGAGAAUCUACAAAUAAGCUCAUUAGGAAAUCCAUCAGAAAAAUUACAAGAAUCGUCAGAGGAGGAUGAUGAAACCAACAAUGAAGGAUCAUCAGAAGAGGUCUCAUCAGAGGAGGAAUCAUCAGAUGGGAAAAUUCUUGAAGAAACACCAAAGCAACCUAUAAUUACACGUGGGCAAAAAAUAAUACAGGAUUUAAUAUUAGAAUUAUCUGUACCUACUGAAGGUGUUGAGAUCGCUGAAACUAGUAGUAAUGAAGAGCGUUCUAAUACUGAAACUACAAACCCUUCAGCACUGACUAUUGCCCAAUUUUUCCAAAGAGC